GUGUUAUUAGUUUAAAAGGUGUAUAAUUGUGUUACCCUGACAAUAAUUCCUACAUCAGAAGUGGUGAACUGUGUGCUUCUAUUGGUGCAUAAUGCCAAAAGACCGAAAAAAGAGAAAAAGACGACAUUCAACAUCCAGCAGCAGCUCAAGUUCUUCAGGUGACGAAAGUCGGCGAAAUUGGAAGAAAUCGCGCAUUAACAGUACAAAGCACCGCGUCACAAACUACACCCCGGCCGAACUGUUAUUUGGAUUUCCCCUAAAGAUGAAUAAUGACGUCCACGACUCUGAGAGCGAAGAUAAUGUAGACGUAACAACUAUUAGGAAAAGGGCAGCAAAGCGACUAGAACAAAAUAUAAUCAAACAGGAUAUCACAUUUAAUAAGAAAAGAAGCCCACCGAAAAUGUAUAAAGUAGGAGAUUUGGUACUUACAAAAGUCAUUAGCAACCCUGCAACAGGAGAAAGUAAAAAGUUACUGCCUAAGUUUAGGGGUCCAUUUAAAAUAAUAGAGGUUCUUCCAAAUGAUAGAUAUAGGGUUAAGGAAGACUUACAUACUGGAAGAUCCAAACGUCCAUAUGAAGGAGUUGUGGAUUGGAACACAUAAAAUCAUUUACGUUUCAGAAAUCUUAAGGUAAGAUAAUGAGCCCUUUGAUGGCAAUAAUGAGCCCUUUGAUAGCACUAUUGAGCCCUUUGAUGGCACUAUUGAGCCCUUUGAUGGCACUAUUGAGCCCUUUGAUAGCACUAUUGAGCCCUUUGAUGGCACUAUUGAG